UGGUGAGAACAAGACGGUGGUUUAAUGUUAAUAGCCAUGUGAUAUUUCUAGAAAAAGUAUAUAAGAAAGUUGUCUGUGGUAUAACCUAGAAAUUUUGCGUUUGGCAGCAUUUUCUGUAAAGUGAAGAAAAGAGAUUAUAAAACUUUGAAACAGCCUCUGGAAAGUGCAACAUGAUUGAGCAGGAAGAGGUUAUGAAAAGUAAUAAAAAGUCUUUGUUAACGAAGUACGAUAUUCCAGUGGAUCACAUUUCUUUCGAAUAUGUCGAAAAAUGUAACGAUCGAAAGGAAAUGGAAAAGAUCGUUAAAAUACUAAGAUCUGGUGAAGAAGGACAGUUUCCUCAGCUUACCAUUUGUGCUGAAACUCGUCUUAGGCAGAUCGCUCCAGAGAGUCGUGUUUUGCAAACUGAGGAACCCAUCCUAACCAAAGCCACCCUUGAGCCUGGACAUUGGGAUGAGGUUUCUAAUGAGGUGCAGGAAUGGACUGGAAAAAUGAAGGCACGUGAACAGGAACUGAAGAAGAGCAGCAUUGUUGGUCAGUCUUCAGCAUACCUGCCAACUGUACGCAACAUGAAGAGCACCAAGACUCAGAACUCUGAUAAUUGCAACCAGGGGACUGGACUAUUACUAAUGAAGAGUGUGGUGCCUCGAAAUUAUGCAGACUGGGAUAAGUUUGACGUAGAUAAGGAGCUCCUCAAGAUGGAGUUGGAGGAUGAGCAGAGGAAAGAGCAGGCUAUAAAGAAGAGAAAGCAGCAAGAGAAGGAGAAGAUGAAGAACAAGAGAGAUAACGAAGAUAAAUUUGCACAUGCUGCAGAGAAUCUCUCAACAGUAGAAAAGGAGGUUAUGGCAACACAGGAGAAAGAUCGAGGCAAUGAAUAUUAUCGUUCUGGUGACUAUGAAUUGGCUGUGAAGCACUAUACAUCCAGCUUGUCUCUUUGCUGCACACCAGCUGCCUACAACAACAGAGCAAUGGCAUAUCUGAAGCUUUACAAGUAUGGAGCAGCGCUCUCAGAUUGCAGUCAGGUUCUGAAAGCAGAGCCACUUAAUGUAAAGGCUUUGCUUCGGCGGGGAGUUGCCCAGCAGAACAAGAACAAUUAUGAACAGGCUUUUGAAGACUUCUCAAAAGUUUUGGAGCUGGAACCAGGCAACCAGCAAGCAAAGUCUCUUGCUGAGCAGAUGAAAAUGAAGUGUGGAGCUAAUUUCAAGAGUGUGAGAAUAACCAUUGAGGAUGAGUCUACAGGCUUUGUUUUUCCUGCAUCGAGACAGAAUGUAGCAGUGAAUGAAUGGGGGUUAGCAAAAACAAUGUGCAGAUGCAAUGGCAUUCCAGCCUGGUCACAUAGAGCCCCUCCCAAGUGCAGGACCUGCCAAAGGAAACGAGCAGAACGAAGAGCGAAAAAAGAGGAGGCAAGGCAGAAACUGAAACAGGCCACCAAAGAGGCCUCUGAGAUGGGUGACCAAAGUGACUGUAUUGUGAUGGCCACCCCUGCUGCUGGUGAUAGAGAGGGAAGAAGUAAUGUGAACACGUACAAUGGAGAAAAUGGGGAUCAAAUGCAGAUUGAUGAGAAAGGGAGUGGGGAUACGCGGGCAACGGAGAAGAUUGUAGAGGAAGUAGCUGGAGAAGAUUCGGAACUGCCGAGCCAUAAGGAUUUGAUAAGUAGUGAACUGGACUCAGUGCAAGUAAGUGGGAGCGCAAGAGAAGCUGAGAAGGGAGCAAUGGAAGAUGUAUCAGAAAGAAAGAAAUUAGAAGAUGCAAGAAAGAAAGAUUUUAAAAGUAGUGAAAGUAAUAUAACAAUGGAAAAGAAAGGAAUGGGAGAUUCAGAGAAAUAUAAGAAAGGAGUAAUGCAAAUGACCUUGGAUGAGAAACAGAAGCUCCCUUCAGGCAUUGACCUGAGUAUGACAAUAGAAACAAAAGGGAAGAGGGAAACAAAGAGAACCAGGAAGGUAGUGGAAAUCAGUGACAGUAAUGAGACAAAUGAAAACAAGGAAACACUUUCCGAAGCAAAUACUUUAAAGGAUGUAAAGCAGAAGUUUUCACCAGGCACUGAUGGCAAUGGACCAAAGCAAUCCAAGGUGAAGGUAGCAAACAAAUAUAAAACAAGCACAAAACCAUCACAAGAGGAAACAUCAGAGUGUAGUACAAAACAGGCAUUGCAUUUUCAGACCCAAAGAGUGAACACAGUUACAUCGCCAUAUGAGUUUAUAAGGCUUUGGCAGGCUAUCAAGGGGGACACAGACCUCUCUGAACAUGCCCAAGUGUUGCAAGCUGUCCCACCUUCACAUCUCUCAUCUGUUCUUGGAAAUAAGUUGGAUGGAACUAUGCUGAGCACCAUUCUUCUCUGCCUACAGAAACAUUUUACACCUGAGUUGAUGCUGCAGUACAUGGAAAACCUCAUAUUGGUGCCCAGGUUCACCACAAUCAGUUUGUUCCUUCCAUCCUCAGAAGUGAAAGCUGUGCAUGAGUUACUGAAGAAGCUAGAUAGUCUCGAUCAUCACCCAUCUGUUGCCCUUUGGAAAGCAUUCCCCCACUGAUGUACUUCUGUGUGAACAUCAAUACUGAGGUCAUUUAGAAAGAAUUAAUUUCCUGUCCACACACAGUUAGAAGCAAAUGAUUACCUAGAAAUCAUAUAUAUUCUGAUGUAAAGUUACAAAUGAGUAUUUUUUAACUGGCACAGUGUUUAAAGCAUUCUGUCUGCUAUCAUCAGCAAAAAAUUUCCUGAUGGUCGGUUGAUAUGCCGUCCUAAGGAAUAAGUCUUACAGUAUUCUGUGAAAAACAUUAAUGUAAAAAUGGUUUAAUUAAAUGAUAUGCUUUGAGAAUGUGUUUGAGCAUUGUGUCAGAUGGCAACAUACCUUGCAAAGUGUAGACUUAAAAAUCUGCUAUUGCGUGGUAUUUUAAUAUUUGCAUGUGAUCGUGAUAUAUUAUUGUUACAUUACCGAUUUAUUUGUGUUACUGUUUAAUUUAACUGCAAGAAAAUUUAUGAUUGAAAAAUGUUUUAUAUGCUGGUUAUAUGGAUUACAAUGCCAAAUAAUUCAGGAAGCCUGCUAGCUCUAGGCAUUGCCCUCAUGCAUGUUACCAUUAUUUUUAGAUCUGUGUAUAUAAUUGCUUAUAUAAUUAUGAUUGUAAUGUCUUGGAGGAAACUUCUACAAAUAGGGAAAUUGAUUUCGUAAUCGACAUAAGUAAUAAUGGUGUAUGUUUAUUUUAUAUAUUGUAUGCAAGGAAGCUAUAAAAACAGACUUAUGCAUGAAUGUUGGCAGUUUCUGAUAUAAUAUUCUCAUAUGCUGCCUUUUAGCAGUUAUUAAAGUAAUAAUCUUCUUGAAAUGUGUAGUUUUUAAAUAAAUUUGUUUUGUCUUACAUAGAUAGUAUAUUGCUACAAGAAAUUCUUUCGUACAUGGCAACUUCAAAAUAAAUCAGAGUACUUAGAAUUUAUAUUUAAGUGCACAGAGUUCAGUAUCACUAUUUGUUUUUCACCCCUCCCUUUCCAAAAAUCUACUUCUCCAUACAAAUUCUUAUCUGCAUUAUGUAUGGUGUUAGAUGAUGAUGUGAAUUCUCUCUGUAUCGUAAAAAGAAUUACAUGUGCUGUUUUUAAUAGAUGUACAUUGGCAUCAUUAGUGUAUUCAACAUUUUUAGAGAUGACUGCAUAGUGGACUAGUGGUUAGCGUGCACUGGACCCAAGGUUCACGAGUUCAAACUUGGCCAAGGUCGAUGGAUUUUUAAGGGUGAUAAAAAUCCAUAGCACGACUUUCUUCGGAGGUAAAGUAAAGCCGGCAUAUCAGACAACUCUUUUCUGAUAACUCGUUGAUCUUCACAUACUAUACCGUAGUUGGUGUUUACAGUCACAUCAUUAAUUGCAGUUGAAGGAGCUGCCAACUCACCCAGUUUCUCGAACAACUCCUGACCUUCUUUGAAUUGUUUGAAUCAUCAAAGAGCUGUUGACUGAGGCAAAACCUCUUCUUUACAAGCCUUUUUUAACAAAUUGUUUGCUUCAGUUGCAGUAUUCUUUAAACAGUAAAAAAAUUAAGUGGGGCGUGUUGUUGACACGUGUGAUUUCAGAGACAAGACAGGCAUAGCACAAGCACGACUAAACAUCGUUUUUACCCCUUAUUGAUCAGACCUCAUUUGUAUAUUUAUUGCUUCAUUCUCGUGUGUUAUUCUUUAUUAGCUGAAACAGUGUUAUGGUAUUAAUUUUGGACCUGGCUUUGCAAGAGGAUAAAUAAAUUCUAUCAUGCUUAGUUGUUGUCGUAAGUCUACAGCCUGUACGUCUAUUAUUUUUCCACAAUAUAUGCCUGACCUCUGCACCUUUAUUACCAGUAUCUGUAGAACCAAGUAUGAAGUGUGUGACCAUUUAUUGAAUAAUAAGACUUUGCAUUUUACUCUCGUAAACAAAAUAUUUGAUAUAACAGUUUCUAUUAUAGUGUGGAUAUUAUUCAUGUUCCCUGUCACUUGGAUUAUUUUCAGCUUUUGUUAUAUGUGAAUCUGGCUCUAUGCAGUUUUUUUUCUUACCAUAGUGUACAAAUAGGAAUAGUGUUUGUAAUUUUAUGGGCUUCCUCCAGUUGUUUAGAAACUUGUACCUCAAUUAUAAGGCAGUGAGUGAGUGAGUGUGUGGUUUUAUUUUGUUGAUUUUUUCUCAUUGUCUUCUGUAAUAAAAAAUUGAAUUUACAGGGUUUUAUAUGGUAUGAUAACUGAAUGCCAGUAGUACUUAGGAUUUUCCUUCAUAGUAGACAUCAUGAAAUGCAAUUUAAUCUCCUUUGCCUUGCAUAACAGCCAUUGGUUCAUUUCAAAACAACUUGUGUUUUUUCCUUGAUGAAUUUUUGUUUUGAUCCAUGUGGUAUCAAAGAUAUAAAUGUUGGUUCAUUACUUGGAUUAUCUCUAAUCUCAUUCCAUGCACAUCUGUUAUUUCAUGUAUAUGUGUGAUGUAAUAACUUUUGCCAGGAAUGCUCCAAGUAUUAAAGAACAAGAAAUUAUAAUAAUUUUUGUAAUUAUGUUACUUGAAAUGCUUCCAUCUGUAUAGAAAGGCUAUGGUAACUUUUGAAUUAAUAAUUAUAUACAUGACUUUUG